GCCGUCACGUUCACAGUCGGGAGUUUGUAGCUCUGUGUUGGAAACGACUCCGGAGCUUGAGCUGGUUUUACCUCGUAUGACCAAAGUUAUUGAGCUGGACAGCAGCUUGACUCGGACCAAGAAGGGAAAUGGAAAACGGUUCGUCCUCAACCGGUGACACAAAGCUGGACCAGGCUGUCAGACAGUGGCUGCAGUAUGACAAGAACCUCAAGACAGCGUCCAUGGUGCGGGACAUGGUGAAAGAAGGAGCAGUGGAGGCUCUGAAGAAAUGUUUCUCCUCCCGGAUGGAGUUUGGUACAGCAGGUCUGAGAGCAGCCAUGGGCCCCGGCAUAUCCUGUAUGAAUGACCUCACUAUCAUCCAGACCACACAGGGUUUCUGUCGCUACCUGGAGGAGAAGUUUGGGAACCUUAAGGAGCGAGGGGUGGUGAUUGGUUACGAUGCCCGGGCCCACCCUCCCAGCGGGGGCAGCAGCAAGCGGUUUUCCAACCUGGCUGCUGCUGUAUUCAUCAGCCGAGGAGUCCCUGUCCACCUCUUCUCCGACAUCACCCCUACACCCUUUGUGCCUUUCACGGUUUCCCACCUGGGUCUGUGUGCUGGUAUCAUGGUGACUGCCUCUCACAACCCUAAACAGGACAAUGGCUACAAGGUGUACUGGGAGAACGGAGCCCAGAUCGUGUCUCCUCAUGACAAAGGUAUUGCGACCGCCAUAGAGGAGAAUCUGGAGCCCUGGCCUGAGUCCUGGAACACAGAGGAGGCCCUGAAGAGCCCCUUGCUUAAAGAUCCCUACCAGGACAUCCACGCACAAUACUUCAAAGCCAUCCAGAAACACUGUCAUCACAGGGACAUAAACAAGAGUUCAGAGGUGAAAAUUGUGCAUACGUCUGUGCACGGCGUCGGUCACGCAUUUGUCCAGGCUGCUUUCAAGGCCUUUGACCUUCACCCUCCGUAUGCUGUAGAGGAACAGAAAGAUCCAGACCCUGAAUUCCCCACCGUCAAAUAUCCCAAUCCUGAGGAGGGAGAGGGAGUCCUGACACUGUCGUUCGCCCUGGCAGAGAGGGAGGGGGCCACCGUUGUGUUGGCGAAUGACCCUGAUGCAGAUCGGCUGGCCAUUGCUGAGAAGCAGCAGAGUGGUCAGUGGCGAGUGUUCAGUGGUAAUGAGUUGGGAGCGUUGCUUGGCUGGUGGAUGUUCCGCUGCUGGAAACAGCAAAACUCUGACAAGGAUGCUGUGAAAAGCCUCUACAUGCUGUCUAGCACCGUCUCAUCUAAGAUACUGCGUGCCAUCGCUCUCAAGGAAGGUUUCCACUUUGAGGAAACGCUAACAGGGUUCAAGUGGAUGGGAAACAGAGCCAAAGACCUUUUGGACCAGGGCAAGACUGUUCUGUUUGCCUUUGAGGAGGCCAUAGGGUAUAUGUGUAGUCCCUCUGUAUUGGACAAGGAUGGAGUGAGUGCUGCAGCCAUUGCAGGAGAGAUGAUUUCCUAUCUGGCCACGAAAAAAACAAUCCUUUCUCAACAACUCACCGCCAUCUAUGACGAGUAUGGCUACCACAUCAGUAAGAACUCCUAUUUCAUCUGCCAUGACCAGGAUGUGAUCCGCCGUUUGUUCGAGCGCCUGCGCAACUACAGUGGUCAGAAGGACUCAUAUCCCACUGAAUGUGGUAGCUUCUCCAUCUCUGCUGUACGAGACUUGACCACCGGCUACGACAGCAACCAGCCCAAUAACAAGGCUGUUCUUCCAACCUCCAGUUCCAGUCAGAUGAUCACCUUCACCUUCUCCAACGGGGGUGUGGCCACCAUGAGGACCAGUGGCACCGAGCCAAAAAUCAAAUACUACACUGAACUCUGUGCAGCUCCUGGUAAUAGUGAUGUGACGCAGCUGAAAAAGGAACUGGAUGACCUGGUUGAUGCCAUUGUUGAAAACUUCUUCGAACCAGAGAAGAAUAAGCUACAGCCCAAGCCGGAGUAGCACUGAGGAGACCAUACGAUCACAUACAGGACCAGCUGUGACUAAUAUCUCCGACCAGCAUUUCACAUAAUGUCUUACUACAGAAAGGAUUUUUGAUUUAAUACAGGCUUCAUUUUGAUAUACCAAUAAUUUUACCACAUUGUUUUUUGCCAGUUGAACCAGAGAUACUGUUACUUGGUAAUGACUCUGUCUUUAUUUGAAUAAUCUCCAGGGCUUUAAUGCAAAAUCAAACCUCCGCUUUCACUUCGUUUUAGCCUUAGCUUCAUUUUGGAUUCAGUUUACCUCAGUGCUGGAGAUUAUAAACCAAAACUGUAAAACGUUCACCGGUCUACAGCCAGAGUCCUUCCUGUUGUGUGAGGGUGACAUUUACAUUGCUGUAUAUUCACUUGUAACAAUUAUGCAUUCCCCACGCUGCUUUAGCAUCAACUGCAAGGCUGCUGAUAUGAAGAGUGUAAAUGAGAACUGCUGGAACUGAUGUAACUUUAAACUAACUAACUUUAAUGGAUGUUGUAAACUGCUGUUAAACUUUGAAUGUGUAAUAUCUUAGUUAAUGGUGAGGUAUAACAUUGAAAGUGACUACUGAAUAUAUUUUUUAAGUUUUAAAUCAAUGCCAGGUCCUGUCAUUGCAGAGUCGCUAGUUUGUAAAAUGACCAAGCUUAAAAGCGUAGAGCACCACCAAGUGGAGAUAUUGUAAACUGGUGUUUUCAAACGCACCCACUGCUCAUUACUUGACAUUAUCCGUUGUUAACAAUCAGAAGGACUCUUGACAACCAUUUUACUUCCCAUCAUUAAGUGAUCUUAAGUGAUCUUAACUGACUGAUCAGGAAUUGUGUAAUUAGCAGCUCACAUUUCCUUAUGUGCCUCCUAUUCCAGAAUACUGUGCUGAAAUACUCAAUAAAAAACCUUUUCUAACAGUG